AUGUCCCCGAAGCAGGGGCGGGUUCAGGGCGGAGCCGGGCGGAAGGUCGCCGUCCUACUCCUCACCGCUUUGCCCAAACACCGACACCCAGAAACAUCCGAGCUCGGUCGGCCUUGGUGUGUCCUCCAGUCGAGCAUCUCCUGCUUCCAAGCCUCGAUGGCCAUCCUGGACCUCACCAGCGACCACCCCAGCAUACAUACCUUGGAUAUCCGCACAGCCACCUGCGACGGGCUGCCUGCUGUCCAUCCCCUGUGUCUUCCUCGUCGGCCGGCCGCUGAACCCAUCUUCGCGGCCGCGAUCCCCUCCUGA